UCACUGCAUGCACACUGUUAUUAGCGCAAUUGAAAUUUCAACGCGCGAUCCAUCAUCAAGUGGAUGAUGGAGCAGUUGUGCGCGUAGCUGACUCCUGAGUGACAAGGGGAAGAUUGGACACUGCGAAGCGCCGUAAUCGGAGAGCAAGUACCUAGGGUGCCUCACUGGGCAUGCUCCAUCUGACAGGGAAGACGGUGAGCAUGUUGUGAGCCACAUUCUUACCUUUUUUGUUUCUUGUACUAAACAACACCCUCCCCCCGAUCUCGGAUGUCUGCUACUGACUGGUUGUUCGCCUCCAUUUUUGCAGCAACGGUAGAGGAGUUGAGGGACAAGUGUCGGUGCUGCCGAGACAAAGAGCGAGGCUGCGCGUCGGUGUGAAGGAGGCGCGUCCGGAGGAGGGCUCGAUUACACCAGGAGGACCAGCGGCAGGACAGGCGCUGUCCGCUCAGCACCAGCACCAGCACCAGCACCGCGGUGUCACCUCGCCGUCAUCAAGUAGGACUCGGAUGACUCAAUAGAAGGUGACGAAGAAUAGUUAGACGCAUUGUGUGUCUGUCCUCGCUGGAUUUGGCGACGAUGUGACGCCCAUUCUGCAUGCGAUGCCAUUGGCCGCGUUCAUUUUGGAUUUCGCCUCCAGCCUGACAUUAGGCGCGUCCGCGUCCGCAUCCCAAAAGCUCGCCACCUGACGCGCGUCGAGCCGUGGUUGAUUUUCUUUUGUUUCCGGCCGGGGAGACGACAGGUGGCUCGCCGCGUGCUCUCACCUUUGCCACCAUGACGAGGGCAACUUCGCUGAGCAAUGUAUAAGGGACGCGAUGGGCCUGAGCGACGACAAGGAUCGCAUCGUGAUCAACGUGGGAGGGAUCCGGCACCAGACGUACCGCAGCACCCUUCGCACCCUACCCGGCACCCGCCUGUCGUGGCUGGCCGAGCCCGACGCCCCCAACCACUUUGACUAUGACGCCAAGCUCGAGGAGUUCUUUUUCGACCGCCACCCGGGCGUCUUUGCGCACAUCCUCAACUAUUACAGGACAGGUAAGCUGCACUGCCCGGCCGAUGUGUGCGGGCCGCUCUACGAGGAAGAGUUGGCCUUCUGGGGCAUCGACGAGACGGACGUGGAGCCGUGCUGCUGGAUGACCUAUCGGCAGCACCGGGAGGCCGAGGAGGCCCUUGAUAGUUUCGGCGGUGGGGGACUGUUGGACCUGGGCAACGACGAUGCCGAGCCCGAGCAGGAGCACGGGGAGGACGACGCGGAUGAAAUGACGCGGAGGCUGGCGCACGGAGACUCUCCUGACGCCCGGAGCGGCACUUUGUGGAGCCGCUGGCAGAAGCGCGUCUGGGCUCUGUUUGAGGACCCGUACUCCUCCAAAUAUGCAAGGUGGGUGGCUCUGGCCUCGCUGUUCUUUAUCCUGGUUUCCAUCACCACGUUCUGUCUGGAGACCCACGAGGCCUUCAACCCCAUCAUCAACCGCACCGAGGUGGAGCUGGUGGACAACAUCACGGUGGAGCACACCUACCAGGAGCCUGAGACAGCCGCCUACCUCACCUACAUUGAAGGUGUUUGCGUCGUGUGGUUCACUUUUGAAUUCCUAAUGCGAAUAACUUUCUGUCCAAACAAAUUUGACUUCAUCCGGAACGCCCUGAACAUCAUUGACUUUGUGGCCAUCCUGCCCUUCUACCUGGAGGUGGGCCUCAGUGGGCUCUCUUCAAAGGCAGCUAAGGACGUGCUGGGUUUCCUCCGAGUGGUCCGCUUCGUUAGGAUCCUGCGUAUCUUCAAGCUCACUCGACACUUUGUGGGUCUGAGGGUGCUGGGCCACACGCUGCGAGCCAGCACCAACGAAUUCCUUCUCCUCAUCAUUUUCCUCGCCCUGGGUGUCCUCAUCUUUGCCACAAUGAUCUACUACGCAGAACGAAUUGGCGCAAACCCCAAUGACCCUCGAGCCAGCGAGCACACGCAAUUCAAGAACAUCCCGAUCGGAUUCUGGUGGGCCGUGGUGACCAUGACGACCCUCGGCUACGGUGACAUGUACCCACAGACCACCUCUGGUAUGCUGGUGGGAGCCUUGUGCGCCCUGGCAGGUGUGCUAACCAUCGCGAUGCCAGUCCCUGUGAUUGUCAACAACUUUGGAAUGUAUUACUCCCUGGCCAUGGCGAAACAGAAACUACCAAAGAAAAAAAAUAGGCAUAUCCCACGGGCACCCCAACCUGGUUCUCCAAAUUUCUGUAAAUCAAGCAUCAGCUCACAACAUCAGAGCCCUGUCGCCCAUGACGACGUUUUCGAGAUAAAGUUUCAAGAUUCCAAGCUUAACGGUGAGGCUGCUAACGCUGCUCUGGCCAACGAGGACUGCCCUCACAUCGAUCAGGCCAUAUCUCCCGAGGAAAUCUUCAGCCCCAGCGAAAGAGAGCGGCCCUGCUUCCUGGUCACCACGGCCGAGCGGCCCAACCACACGGGGGGCCGAGUGAGGAGGGAGACCCAGAGACAGCACCGGAGCAGACAACCAACUGAGUCAGUUUGUGUUAUGAACCAUGGUGUACCGACCACUAUGUGUAUGACCCAUAAUGGCCCAUCGCCCACCUGAUAGUGCUGCUGUAGCAUUGUUGUGUGUAUUACUUAUUACUUUUAAAUGGGUGUGACAGUGGCAACCAGAACAUCACAAACUCAGCAUAGAUGUAGCACUGAGGACGUUUUGUUGUCAAGCCUUAUGUAGCUAAGUAUCUGUGACUGGUUAAUGUGUUGUAAUCUGUGUGCCUAUUUUCCAUGUGUGCCAGUGCUGUAAAUAUGCUUGUGUGUGUGUGUGUGUGUGUGUGUGUGUGUGUGCGUUGACGUUGUGUGUACCAAUGUUUUGGAGUGAUCAUCCAAUAUUUGUGUGGUUCUUGUGUUCAAAGACAGAAAUGGUUGCUCUGAAUUUAACUCACCCCCCCUGUCAUGUGAAACACCUGGAAACACACCGUUAACUUUGCCCACUCAUGCUUACCUUUUUUAGAAUUGCACUUUUUUUUGCACUACUCAACUUUUAACAUUCAUUUGAUGGGUUUUUAGCAAACAUCCACUAAAAUGUCAUAAUUGAACUCCAUAUUUAUUAUGUAUUUUUGAGGCAUUAAAUGUGUUGCCAAAACGUCAUGGAAAAUAGUUCAGGACUCCCUGAAUAGAGUUAUGCAUAGGAAGAUGCAUACCAUACCAUUCCAUGCAUAUUGAUAUGUAUUUCAAUGAAUAUUUCAUAUAUUUCCACUGUUUAGUUGACAAUCAAGUAAAAAUGGCAUAGUAUACCCUCUGUUCAAAUUAGUAAUACGUGUCAUUACAGAUGCCAAAACAUUGUAUACACAAUACUGGACAAGUGCCUCAGUCAUGCAAAUUCUUCACACUCAGUUAUUUAAGUUGCGUUGAUUAAGUAAUGUAUGUAGCAGUAAUUUCAUUUUGAAUCAAUCAGUCAGUCAACAGUCAAUCAGUCAAUGGAUUGACCGACAUCAUCACAGUGCUCAGAAGACACACAGACUGUUGAUACGUAUAUAAAGUUAACACCUCCUGUAAAAUACUUAGUUUAAAAAAAAAAAAGGAAAUUAUUUACAAUAAAAAAAAAUUUAAAAAAGAAAAUCACAUCUUUGACAAAAAAAUGCCAAAUAAAUCCUAAAAAUGGUGCAGCUUAAGUGUGCACCCAUUUCAACUUAUAAAGUAUGUGGUAGUAUAAUUGUGCACCAACUUAAAAUAAUACAAAGGGAACUUCAAAGUUCCUCCUGGUAGGCUGGUCUUGCUACGAUUUGUUCGGAUUCCCAAUUUUUCCCCCCCCCCCCCAUUUGGGAAAAUACUGUAUAUGCAAAUACACUAAACAGCAAAUAACUGUCGCCAUCAUAAAAACUAUCUAGUUUGUACUUUAAAAAAAAAAAACAUUCUAACACACAAUUGUAAAGUUACCCACUAUAUGAAGUCAACAGUAUAUCUUUGAUAAGUUAGUUUUUUUUUUAUUUUUUAAAGUUUUAACUAUUGUAAUUGUCAAAUAAAAAAUAUUAAGCAUUUUACAGGGGAGUGUUGACUUAUAUGUGUAGGACCCCAGUGUGGGUUAGCAUGGAAAGGCAAUGAGCGUCAUAACGAAUAGAUAACAAUCGUGAUUGCCAUGUUUGAACGGCAGCUUUCAUUGUUUGUGUGAAAAAGUUGAAAGUGAAAGGGACCAACUUUUUAACAAACAACCGCAAUUACACUGCCAACCAACCGCUGGGAAUUGUGUGCUAGUAAUUGUUUGACACAAAAUAAAACAUCAGCAACGUUACACACUCAUUAAAACAUUCGUAUAACACACAAGGCAACGAAUGUGUGACAUUGAGUGAGGUUUAAAGAGUGUGUGUGUGUGUAAUUUGAACACUUUUCAUUUUGUGGCCAGUUCUCUUAGUCGGUCGGGUGUUCGGUGGUGGUUUUGAUUGAUUUGUUGGUUCAGGGUUUUUGGUGUCUUUUCUGGACAAUACAGUUCAGACUUGUACAAGGAAUAGUGUUAAAUAAAAUGAAAAAAUAACAAA